AACCUUCGAAAUGAGCUUGACCUGCCGAGUUUAUCUGCUGGCGGUGCUGAGUUUUCGAUUAGCCCUCGCCACUCCGAUGCUGCUGAAAAUCAGCUAUCCAGCUGAUUACGACGCGGCCGCCGUUGUGAACGCUAUUUCCGACUGGACGGCUGACAUGGGCACCAGCGUCUGGAGCCUCAGCGGCCUCAGGCAGGGCGACAUCAUGGACUUGCCGACCCGAAACGCCAUCACGGCGCCCACCGCCAAGUGGAAGAACGCCACCAUGCCCUACCUCUUCCAGAAUGGAUUUCGGCCUGAGGAGAAAGUGGUGAUCAUGCGGGCCAUGAAGAUGGUCAUGAGCAAAUCGUGUUUCCGUUUUCGACCAUUCCGUUACGGCGACUCUGACUUCGUCAACUUUGUGCACGACGAGUACGGCUGCUGGUCUUACCUGGGCCGCGUCGGUGGCGGCCAGAUGAUAAGUCUGCAGCGGGGAAACUGCAUCCAGACCGGCGUGGUGGCCCACGAGCUGCUGCACGCCGCCGGCUUUGACCACCAGCACAACGCUCCCGACAGAGACUACUACGUCUUCAUCAAUUACACUAACCUAGACACAGAUGAUUUCGAGCAUUUUGACAAAGCGAGUGCUUCCGAAUAUACGGAUUUCAGGCUGGGCUACGACUACAGGAGCAUCAUGCACUACGGCAGGACAGCUUUCUCGAAGAACGGACUGGACACAAUAAUUCCUUACGAAAAGUACGCAAGAAUUGGCCAGAGCAAAAUUCCGUCUGCCAAAGACUACAAAAAAUUGAACAUUUUGUACGGAUGCAAUGAGUUUUUGUAA